AUGAGGGCAUGCGAUGUUUGUCGCAAGAAAAAGCAGCGAUGCACAACGCUCCCCGGCUCGUCGAGUUGUCUGACAUGUCAAGUUGCCGGCCUCACUUCCUGCACGUAUCUCCAACCACCCCCGCCCAAACGGCGUGCUACGGCCGGGAUUACCAAGGACUUGGCCCCGAGAAAAUCCCGCGGCCGCCGCCCCUCUGAGGGUUUGUCUUCACACUCGUCGCCCAGUUCUGCUCCAAACCAAGGACUGGACUAUCCGGAGGAAUCUAUACUCACUAAAACCCUCGGGCUAGAGAAGAGCCGCUUCUCGGAGCUUGUCGGCACUGGAGGAGAGUAUGACCGUCACUUAUUGGCAAAGUCUCAUGGUGGGACUCUGGCUACAUCCGGUAUCGUCGGGCCAUCCACGAUGCGCAAUGUGGGUGAUAAUGCAUUUUUUCAAAUGACACCGGACGCUGAAGUCUCUCUAAGUCUUCGUCGUGAAGAUAUCUGGAAUGAAGUGACCGUCGAAGAUGUGGAGGCACUUGUACAUCCACACGGUGCAACGUUAAUUCGCUUAUACUUUCGCAUUGUACAUCCAUCAUUUCCUAUUCUUCAUAAAAACGUCUUUCUGGAAAAGUACAAUCGGACUUAUCACGAGAUUACCCCCCAUCUGCUUGCUGCCGUCUAUGCUUUGGCCGUUUGCUGGUGGUCCUAUGACCCGGAUCUUUUACUGCAUGAGAAGAUCAACGAAGCCGCUCUAGUGAAGGUUGCACACCAAGCUGUACAGGACGCCAUUCACCGACCUCGCCUUAACACAAUCCAAGCGGGCCUUUUGCUCUUACAACGUCGUCGCAAUCCACUCUUCACUGAUAAUUCUUGGAUGGGGUCAUUUACUGCGUCGUUAAUAGGGCUCGGCCAGCAGCUUGGACUACAUUUAGAUUGUUCGUGUUGGGAUAUUCCCGAAUGGGAGAAAGGUUUACGGAAGCGACUUGCAUGGGCUUUAUUUAUUCAAGACACGUUUUCGGCGCUGAUACUUGGGCGUCCCUGUCUCAUCUCUGAAACUUCGGACUGGAUUGUGAAGCCACUUCAAAGUACGGAUUUCUCAGAAGGUGCCGGAGACGAAGAAUUAGGCGAGCAAAUUGCAAGUGUGAGCAUUGAGAACGGGAAGUCUCUCUUUAUCGAACUCGUGAAAUUGAGCCGUAUCACAGCUAGCAUGCUGCGUGAACUCUAUUCGGUGCGAUCUCUGGUUGAAGUGUUGGAUCCUCACCAGGUUCUUGCUAUUGCAAAACCCCUCGGGACUGAUCUGGCCAAUUUGCUGAAAAGUCUCCCUGAAGAUUUGAACUUGGAGAAUAUACAACCUAAAAAGCUCUGCGUCAGUGGAUUCCUUCAUCUCGCACUGCAUGCCACUACAGCAGCACUUCACCGACGCUUGCUUUGGUCUAUUCAGGAGUCGAAAGUAGGAAUGGAUGAUGAAUUUGUCGACUUUAUUCGCAAAAUGCUUCGGACACGCGCUCAUAGUCUGAUACAAUUUAUUUCUCAUCUUCAUCCCGAGCACAUGGAAGCUUUUUGGUUCUUCGCAGCCGGUGGAUGCGCGACAAUCCUCGGUGGUUUUCUAGGUCUUCUUCGCAUGACGAGUGUCACCGCAGAAGAAUCACAAGAACUUCAGGAUUUAAUGAAAGAAUUUGAAUGGCAACUUCGAAUGAAAGCAAAAAUGAGUGAGUGGGUGUCUUAUACUCUUACUAGGCUUCGAGCACUCGGAUGGGAUGACUGGAAGAACUCCAUAGUCUCAUUUACGCGAACGGAUUCUACUAAAGCUUCCGAUUAUGAAGCUGUAGAUGACACAUAUAAUACAUCGCAAGACGAGGGGAAUAGAAAUGUUAUCUCUCCUCCCUUUUCGAAUCAAUUGCUUUCUUCCACACUCAUUAAUUUUGAUAAUAUUAUGUCGUGGAAAUCCCCCCGCUUGAGUGAACAAGGCUACGAAUUUAUCCCCCCUUGA